GGGGGAAUGACAGCCUCGUGAGAUUAUGCAGCUCUUACAGGUGGACAUGUGUCAAUCUCAAAGUUACUGAUGGAGGAUUUUUAUUGCUGACACAUGGAGGAGAAAUUAUCUCGGGAUGUUGAUGGCUCCUCGGGAGGAUCAUGUCAUCAAGACAGUUGCGUGUCGGUGCCACUGCUGGAAAAUUGGCCCUGCCGGUCCUCUGCCGGCCACAGCAAUGUUCCCGUCAGUCCUGCUCUCAGCCACUCGACCUCCUGGAGCUCCUCGCCCACUCAUACCCACUCUGGAGACACCAGAAGCGAGCAGACCUCCGGCAUGCACACCAGCAUCAGCGAGAUCCUGAAGGAGAAGAGCCUGAAGCCGUCCCGCCGCAGUCUGCCCUGUCUGGCCCAGAGUCAGACCCAUCCCAUCAACCUCAACCACUUCCUGUCUGUACCUCUGAGCCCGGAGCCCAAAGCCCAAGUGGAGGUUCUGAGUCAAAGCAUCAGCACCUCCUGCAGCCUCCUGGCGCCACAGACAGCAGAGGACAGCAAGGAUGACUACAUAGAGGAGUCUGAGACAACAGCAUGUGAAACUACAAUAGACGGAUCACUUCUACCACGAAAACCUAGCACACGGGCUAAACUUGAGGCCCGCACAGAUUCGCUCAAGGGGAGGAAUCCGUCAGAUGGAUCUGGACUUUUCUUCCGUGAUGGAAAAAAACGCAUCGACUACAUCCUAGUUUACAAAAAGUCUAGCCCGCUGGUGGAGAAGAGGUGCACAUUUGAGAAGAAUUUGCGUGCUCAGGGCUUAAUGCUGGAAAAGGAGCCUUCCCUGACGAACAACGACAUCAUGUUCGUGAAAGUCCACACACCCUGGGACACACUUUGCAAAUAUGCAGAACAGAUGAACAUCCGGAUGCCUUUCAGGAAAAAAUCCCACUUUACAGACUGGAAAAGAAAAACCUGGGGCAGACCAGUUUGUGGAGUGUAUCUGGAAUGUGCAUUGAGAUGUCAGGGCAUGUCAGUGCUGAACCGCUUUCAUCUGAGAUGUCGUCAGAUAAAGAGCUGGCUUCCCAGAAAUCCCAUGAAGCUGGACAAAGAGGCAUUGCCUGACCUGGAGGAGACCGACUGCUACACUGCCCCCUUCAGUCGAGCGCGCAUGCAUCAUUUCACUAUCAACAACAGAGAGACCUUCUUCUCCAACUCCACCAGAAGCAGAAUAGUCCAUCAUGUCCUGCAGCGCACUAAAUAUGAAGAUGGAAAAUUAAAAAUGGGUAUCAACCGCUUACUGGGCAACAACACAUACGAGGCUGCCUUUCCUCCACACGAGGGUGGAUACAAAAGCAGACACCCCAUUAAGACGCACGGUGCCCAGAACCACAGGCACCUGCUUUAUGAGCGCUGGGCUCGCUGGGGAAUCUGGUACAAGUACCAGCCUCUGGACCUUAUCAGGCGUUACUUUGGAGAGAAAAUCGGUCUUUACUUUGCGUGGUUGGGCUGGUACACGGGCAUGUUGAUCCCCGCUGCUCUGGUCGGUGUGUUUGUCUUCCUUUACGGACUCUUCACCAUGGACUCCAGCCAAGUCAGCAAAGAAAUUUGUGAAGCAAACACAACCAUUAUGUGUCCAAUGUGUGAGGAGACCUGUAAGCCGUGGACACUGAGUGACAGCUGUGUAUAUGCAAAGGUGACCCAUCUGUUUGACAACGGUGGCACUGUUUUCUUCGCCAUCUUCAUGGCUAUUUGGGCCACCGUCUUCCUGGAGUUCUGGAAGAGGAGGAGGGCCGAAUUGACUUACGACUGGGAUCUCAUUGACUGGGAGGAGGAGGAGGAGGAGCUGCGGCCUCAGUUUGAAGCCAAAUAUUCGAGAAUGGAAAGAAUCAAUCCCAUAUCUGGCAAGCCCGAGCCUUUCCAGCCUUUCUCAGACAAACUCAGCCGACUCAUGGUGUCUGUGUCCGGAAUAUUCUUCAUGAUCUCCCUGGUCCUAACAGCCGUGUUUGCCGUCGUGGUUUUCCGUCUCAUUGCCAUGGAGAAGUUUGCCUCGUUCAACUGGCAUUUUGUGAAGAAGAACUGGCAGUUUGCCACCUCGGGCACUGGCGUCUGCAUCAACUUCAUGAUCAUCAUGUCUCUCAACGUGGUGUAUGAAAAGGUGGCCUACCUGUUGACAAAUUUAGAGCAUCCAAGGACAGAGUCUGAGUGGGAGAAUAGUUUUGCUCUCAAGAUGUUCCUCUUCCAGUUUGUAAAUUUGAACAGUUCCACGUUCUACAUUGCAUUCUUCCUGGGAAGGUUUGCCGGAAGACCUGGAAAGUACAAUAAACUUUUUAAUCGGUGGCGACUGGAGGAGUGUCACCCGAGUGGCUGCUUGAUCGAUCUAUGUUUGCAAAUGGGAGUCAUCAUGUUUUUCAAACAAAUCUGGAAUAACUUCAUGGAACUCGGUUUUCCGUUGCUCCAUAAUUGGUGGUCUCGUCGGAAGAUGAAGAAAGGGGGGGGCGCCGGAGGGCAGAAUGUGGAGAGUAAAAGUCAGCUACCUCAGUGGGAUAAAGACUGGAACCUGCAACCCAUGAAUGCGCACGGCCUAGUGGACGAGUACCUUGAAAUGGUCCUCCAGUUUGGCUUCACCACCAUCUUCGUCGCUGCCUUCCCGCUGGCUCCGCUCCUGGCUCUGCUCAACAACAUCAUCGAGAUCCGUCUUGAUGCCUACAAGUUUGUCACCCAGUGGAGGAGACCCAUGCCUGCCCGGGCCACCGACAUUGGUAUCUGGCACGGGAUCCUUGAAGGCAUCGGCGUCCUCGCUGUCAUCACCAACGCCUUUGUCAUCGCCAUCACUUCUGACUACAUCCCUCGCUUUGUUUAUGCCUUCAAAUAUGGACCCUGCGUGGACAGGGCGUAUCGUCACGACGACGAGUGUUUGCGAGGCUACAUGAACAGCAGCUUGUCAUUAUUUGACAUGAGCGUCCUGACGAACAGCAGCGAGUCCGAAUACUGCAGGUAUCGGGACUACAGAGCCCCACCCUGGAGUGCGGUGCCCUACGAGUUCACUCUGCAGUUCUGGCACGUCCUGGCUGCCAGACUGGCCUUCAUCAUUGUCUUUGAGCACCUGGUGUUUGGCAUCAAAUCCUUCAUCGCAUACCUCAUUCCGGACAUGCCCAAGGACCUUUGUGACCGAAUGCGCAGGGAAAAGUACCUCAUGCAGGAGAUGAUGUAUGAGGCGGAGCUGGAGCACCUGCAGAAGGAGCGCAAGAAGAACGGACUGCGUUAUCACCACGAGUGGCCUUAACUUUUGACCCCCUCACGUCUUCACCAGACGCCACGCAGCCCCUCCGCUCCCGCUUGCCUGCUUAAUGUUCAGCGGAUUCACCAAAGACUUCACAUGUGACACCUCCGACCCCCCGCCUCUCUCAAGCUGCUCCACCGUGAACACGCCCUCCCUCGCCAUCUGUUGCGGGGUUGGCGCCGCUCUUGUGUUCCGACGCCCUCCUCGAUCCGUCGCCUGGCUUCCUGCAGUAGCAUCCCCCCACCCCCUUGCCCCCCUUCUGCUGUGUCUCAUGGCCUCACUGCUGUUUCACCACUGUAAUGUUUACUAUGCAUAUGAAGGGCUGCAGCGGUUCACUUCGUCAGCCAUCUUGCACUCUCUCUCUCUCUUUCUGUGUGGCAGCUAGAACUUUGUCUGCUUGGACUCGCCGGUCCCGUGCAUGUUUUCAGUUUUCUCGCCGAGCCUCAGCAAAACUGCGGCGGUUUUCUGGUCAUUUCGUGACGGGAAUGAUUCCAAAUAGAACAGACAACGUUCCUGCAAAGUGACUGCGUAUCGCCCUCCCAGCAUGCUGAAUUCUCUUUCUGGCAAGAUGUAAAACAACAGCACUCAUCGUGGAGAAUUGUCAAAAGCAGCCCUGGAAAGUGCAUGGUAGUGUUGUUGUUGUUGUUGUGUCCUUUCUUGGUGCCUGGUUCAUGUGCGUUUGUUUGUUGUGCUACUGCUGAGCUUGACUGCCUUGAGUUUGCAGGAUGUGAACUUUUUCGCGAUAUGAUUGUGCCUACAGUUGUGCACCGACAUCACGUGUGCCUGUUUGUGCUGCACGUGCGCUUUCAAGUGCAACAAGUCCUCUCUCUCUUAACUCAAGAACCUUCUAGAGUAGACUCUGCCGUCCGGGUUUAUUUUGGACGCGAGUCGAACACAUUUAGGUACCUACUGCGGUCUAAUGGCUCUAAAACAACAGCGUCUGCCGUAACGUAACUCCCAUUAUGUGCGUCGUGUGCACGCAGGGGCCGCAAAUCUGCUUUUCCCUCAAUCUACGCCCAUGGCCUGUUUUUCAUCUGUUAUUGGAAGGGCUGAAGCAUGGUUGAAACUUGGAUCGUUUGGACAUACCUGUGGCUUGGAUGUUCACUGCACAAAGAACAUCGACGCACCGUUGUUCACUCACCCUCUCCCAAAAAAAAAAUAACAAUGCACUUACACAUUUAUUCCGGAGCAAAGAAUCCCAGCCAGCGGCAAUUUCACCUCUGUUGUGAUGUUAAUUGUUCCGAAGUUUCAAAAUUUGAUCGCUUCAAAGGAAAGCUGCCUGUCAUUGUCUCAAUCCGACCGCAACAACUUGGAAAAUACGAGUUACACAUUCUGCGGCAUGACUAAAAGCACUCAAAAGUACAAACAAAAAUAUAUUGCCUAAUUUCCAGUCAGAAUAUGUCACUGUACUCACAGGAUUGUCUAAAUACUCUACGAGUGAAACAGUCAACAGUGCGGGAAUUGACUUAACUACUACUAACUUGACAUUGGUCAAAUUGUCGGGAAAAGUAUACACAGCCGCUAUGUUUUGUCUUGCAGAAUCUCAGUCCAUUGAGCAUCUAAGGCAUUAACUAAUUGGGUUUUGUUAAAACAUACUUCAUGACAAAGAUGAACGUGCUAAGGCACAUCUCUGUCCUGGGUGGCUUCUAAAACAUUUCCCGUACACUAAUUGAUUCAUUAAGUCUGUCCUCUGGAAGGGAACAUUUUCUAAAAGAAAAUGUUUACGAAAACCAAACAAAGUGGACUAGAUUGUGUUUCAAGUGUACUGGUCAAAUGUGUCCUUGUGUACUGUACAUUUAGUCUUACUUAGUAAGGCAUGUAUUCUGUACUUAUGUUUUAUUUUCUACAAAUGUACAAAGACCUAUUAGGACCUUCAAAUUACAACUCAAAUUCCAAAUUUUAAAUCUUAAGUGUCAUAUGUCGCAUUAACUUUGUCAUUUUACAUUGGGGUUCUUUGACUUCCAUUCAGAAGUAAAGCAAAACAAGAAACUAUCAUUUAGUUUGUGUUCAUACACUGUUCAGUGGGAAGCAUGAAUCGCAAAGGAUUUAUUUUUAAUCUGGAAAAAGAGAAACAUUCAUUUGGUUAUCAAAGAUGCGAGCAUUGCCACCAGGCUCGUCAGACAAUAUUCGUGUUGCUUUAAAACCUUUUUGGUAUUUCUUGUAUUAAAAGUAAUCAUUUUCUAUUUUGGCGGGAAACAAGACAACUUUGCAUGGUAGGGUUUUAAAUUUUCCCUCCAAGUUGUAUUAUUUAUAACAUUUACUUUCAGAUAAAUGUUACAUUCACAAGGUGGCAAAGUUAACAGCUGAUUUGCACAUCUGCCUCACAGUUCUGAGGACUUGGGUUCAAAUCCAGGCCCCGCCUGUGUGGAGUUUGCACGUUCUUUCCGCGCCUGUGUUGCUUUUCUCCGGGCACUCCGGUUUCCUCCCACAUCCCAAAAACAUGAACGAUCUGUUAAUUGAAGACUCUUAAAUUCUUCAGGGUUCACCAGUGCACCCGCCGCCCUAGUGAGGAUAAGUGGUACGAAAAAAUGGCCGGAUGGAUGUUACAUUUACAAAAGCAAAUGGGAUAAAAAGAAAAUAAUGGAUCCAAUGUCAGGAUGCUAGGGGAAAAUAUACAUUCUACUAUUGAUUUUUUUUUUUUUUACAUGAAGUCAUCCAAUUAUGUUGCUAUUCAAUUGUAUGUAUAUAUAUAUAUAUAUAUAUAUAUAUUUCAUGAGGUAUUCAUUAAUGUUCCUGUUAUUUUGUUUUUGCGAUUUGUACUCACCCUCAGAUGUCCUGUCUGCAUUUCUCAGGUGUUUUCUGAACGACUGCUGAUGAUCAAAUUUUCAAUCAUAUUUUCUACAGUACAAUCAAGUGGUGCAUAUGCAAUGAUGCACCUACUAAGAGCAUGUUUAUUUAUUUAUUUUUUUGUUUUUCUUUCAGUAGAUAAAUCUUGAGCAUAUUACAGUUAAAAAAAAACAGCAACAAAGAUUGCUUUCAUGCUGUUCUCACCAAUAAUGUCAUUUGAAAAUCAUUUUUUUAUUGACUCAAGAGAGACUAAUCAUUAGGAAGCUAGUCCAGGUUAGCUACGAUGUGAACAGUGAAAAACUAUGCAUGUUGUAAUCCUUGUACAGUCAGUCCACUUUGCAUGAUUUAGUGCCUCCUUUGAGCAGCACUAACAUCUGUAAGUUUGUCUUAAACAUAUCACAAGCGUUUUUGUUUUUUUUUUCCAGACAGAAGGUUUUAGGGAGCCAAGGCAAAAUGUAACUUGGGCCGCGGGACCGAAUUUUAUACAGUGCGCCUGUUUUCUAGAUUUAAAAAGCAAAAGAAUUCAUGAAAUCGCUUCAAAGAUGAGACGUAGAAAUGCAGACCCAGAUUCAAAUUGUAUGAAUUGGAAUUCUAUAAGGCUGUCAUGGAUGGGCUCCUUCACACAAGUAUGAAGUGGACACAGCGAAAGAGUAGUAAGACUAAUGUCUCCUACUGCUCUCGACAAUAGCACAAUGCGGGUGUUGUGAUCAUAAGUGACAACAGCGUGACAUUGCACUCUCUCAAAAGAGGGGAUUGUACUUGAGCAAUUUUUUACAUUUUCAUGAGCGACAGGAUGUGAUAUGAAGUCUAUUAGUAACAUGGUUUACUUCGUUCUUGUUUACAUGUAAAAAAAUAAAAAUAAA